CCGAGUUUGAUUCUCGGGAUUCGGAUGUUCACAACAAUGAAUCGAUUGUUUUUUAUAUUGAUCUGCUUGUCUGUAGUUGUUGGACAAAAAUAUAAGCCUAACUGGGAGUCCCUGGAAUCGAGACCUCUUCCACCGUGGUUUGAUGAUUCUAAAAUCGGCCUUUUAAUAACCUGGGGCGUGUAUUCAGUCCCUAGCAUCUAUACAGAAUGGUUCUGGUAUGCAUGGAAAACGGAGAAGAUACCAGAAGUUGUCGAUUUUAUGAAUAAAUUUUAUCCACCAGAUUUUACGUAUGCAGAUUUUGCUCCAAUGUUUACUGCUGAAUUUUACAAUCCUGAUCAGUGGGCUGAUAUAUUUAAAGCUUCUGGGGCCAAAUAUGUUGUACUGAUAACAAAACAACCUGAGGGCUUCUGCAACUGGCCAUCAAAGCAAGCAUUUAAUUGGAAUUCUAUGGAUGUUGGGCCAAACAGGGAUCUCGUAGGUGAGUUGGAGAGAUCAAUAAGGAACAGGACAGACAUACACUUUGGUUUGUACUACUGCCUGCUGGAAUGGUAUCAUCCUCUGUAUCUCAAGGACAAAGCUAACGGCUUCAGGACCCAGUCUUUUGUUGAGUCAAAAGUGAUGCCAGAAUUACAUGACAUAGUGAAUCGAUACAAGCCAGAUAUUGUUUGGUCAGAUGGAAAUUGGGAGGCUGAUGAUCAGUAUUGGAAUGCUACUAACUUCCUGGCCUGGCUUUAUAAUGAGAGUCCAGUGAAGGAUAAAGUUGUUGUCAAUGACAGAUGGGGGAACAACACACAGUGUAAACAUGGGGGAUUUUUUGAUUGUGAUGAUAAGUAUGAUCCAGGUAAAUUGCAGAAGAGGAAGUGGGAAGAAGCCAGAGAAAUGGACAAGUAUUCCUGGGGUUUCCGACGCAGGGCCAGGAUUGAUGAUUAUUUAUCUAUAAACCAGCUGCUUACUUACCUGGCCAGGACUGUAAGUUGUGGGGGAAACUUCCUGCUCAACGUUGGUCCCACUAAGGACGGUGUAAUCCCUCCCGUUCAGGAGGAGAGACUCAGACAGAUGGGUGCCUGGCUGUCUAUCAAUGGAGAGGCUAUAUAUGGAUCAGAGCCCUGGUCACACCAGAAUGAUACUAUUGCAGAGAAUCUAUGGUACACUGCUAAAUACCUCAAUGGACGAGUAUUUGUAUAUGCCAUUAUGCUUGAUUGGCCAAAAACAAACACUCUGGUUUUAGGAGCACCAGUUCCUUCCCCAAGCACUACAGUGAGCAUGCUCGGUUACCAGGGUAACUUUACAUGGAAAGCGCACCCUGGUGGUGGAAUGGAGAUCCAGUUCCCAGUUAUACCUAUAAAUCAAAUGCCUAAUUUGGAUGCCUGGACAUUAAAAAUUACGGGUUUAACUGGCUGAAUGAAAAAUUGAUUUCAACUAUAAAAAAAUACUCCACAAACUGUGAUACUGAAUUUAUUUAUCUUUUUUAUAUCUUCUAAACAUUCCAGAAUUUUCUGCGAGAUAUUGUGAAAUGCAUGUGAAAUGAAAAUGUAGUUCAAAAUGUAGAGAAUACCUGAUUAUAGAAAAAACUUGAUU